CAGUUGGGAGAGCGUGCGACUGAAGUUCGCAAGGUCGCUGGUUCAAUCCCGGCUCGCCCCAUCAUUGUUUUUGUCUUUUUACCUUGGACUCUCCAUAAAACAUCUCAACAUGGGACGAUAGCUCAGUUGGGAGAGCGUGCGACUGAAGUUCGCAAGGUCGCUGGUUCAAUCCCGGCUCGUCCCAUAUAUUUUUUGUAUAUCUUAAUUAUACAACUUAUUAAACUCACACUCCACACACAGCACGCCAUGUAUAUCGAACAUGCAUAG